GGCUUACAACUUCAGCUUGAAACAAACUAUGUUUAUGUAAUUUGAUGUUGAUAAUUGUCAGUAAGUUGAGUUGAAAUACAGAACAUACGAGGCGGUCGUCAGGGGAAGCCUUAAUUCAUCUUUUGAUGCAACAGAUGAGAACCAGCUGGUUUUCGUAGAAGAGUUGUUUUUUUCUGCAUUGCAAGAAAAUAAUAUUAAGAAAUUUUUGGGCGGUAUUUGUUUGCGAAUCGUGACGCGGAUGAUGAAUGUUGAGGCCGAAGUGGAACGAAUACAUCUUUUUUUCAUUCGAAUGAUAUACGUCACGACGGAACAGAUAAAACGAAAGAACUAAAACAGUUGAGGAUGAUCGCAUCUGUUGGUGAUGAAAUGGUUUGCAUAAGACGAGGACAGAGAGAGGAAAUUCAUAAGAAGACAUUCCGAAAGUGGAUCAACUCCAAGCUUGCAAUGGCCGUACCACCUUUAGAGGUGACGGAUCUUAUCGAGGAAGUUCGAGAUGGACAUGUUUUCCUUUCUCUGUUGGAGGUCCUCUUGGGAACAACUUUGAAAAGAGAGAAAGGCCGAAUGCGUGUUCAUAAACUCACUAAUGUGACCACAGCACUUAAAGUGUUGGAAAAAAACAGGGUCAAGCUUGUUGGGAUCAGCAAUUACGACAUCGUCGACGGAAAGAGCACGACUAUUCUUGGGCUUAUAUGGAGUAUUAUUCUACGAUUCCAGGUGCAAGGUGUCAUUACUGGUGAUGACGCUGGGGAUACCGGCGUCAAAGAUUUUCAAGUCGAGAAGAAACUGCUUUCUUGGUGUCAGACAUCACUUGAAGGGUACGAGGAUUCCGUUAAAUUGAAAGACUUCACAACAAGUUGGAGAGACGGUUUGGCUUUCAACGCCAUCAUCCAUUCUCACAAGCCGGAACUGUUUCGUUUUGAGAGCCUUUUAAAAAAUGACAACAAAACGAACCUCGAUCACGCGUUUAACGUAGCGAAUGACGAGUUUUCAGUUCCAAAGUUGCUUGACCCAGCAGAUAUUGAUGUGGAUAAGCCAGAUAAAAAGUUGAUCAUCAUGUACUUGACCAGUUUAUUUCACGGCUUGAGAGAAUACUCGCCACAAGGAGGAAAGAAGAGAAGAAAACUAGACGAUUUGGCGGGUCUUGAAGCUUACCGAGCAUCUCUGAGAGACCUGAAUGCGUACAUCUCACAAGAAGAGACCUUGGUCUCCAACAAAUUAGAAUCAACUGGCCGGUUUGGUAAUCCUUUAGACGAUUACAGCAAAUCAAAGUCUCUGAUGGAUGACAUUACAAAUCAUCGCCAAGACGUGGGAGAUGUAGUAGAUAUGGGCGAGACUUUAAUAAUGAAUGACAAGACAGACGAGACACAUCGAACAGAGAUCAAAAACCAAUUACUCCUACUCCACGAUCGAUGGGAAAAACUGGAAAUUCUCUCACAGAGACUUCAUAAACGGUGUCGCGGGGCUGUCGUUUCGCCAAGGGAGCAACAUAUUGACACCUACAACUCGUGGAUACAGCAAACGAGAAAUGAGAUAUCGAAAAGAGGACAAAGCCAGAGCCAAGCAGAGAUCAGAAGAGAGAUCGAUGAUCAUGAGGGAUCUAUGGUACGGAUCGAUUAUAAAAAGAAGGAAGUCGAUCGGGUCGUUAGUGAAGUCGACGAACUCUGCCGGGAGCCUCACAUUGACGAAGAAGACCGUGAGAUAUUGCAAGGAAAGCUGAAAGAUUUUAACAUCAACUGGGAUACAAUGACAUCGGAGGCUGUUCAAAAAGACAAAGAACUGAAGAACAAAUUAGCCCAGCCUUCUCCCGCAUAUGAAAACGGUGAGACGGAACUUCUCGUCCAAGUUUCUGAAGACAAUGUUGAAUCAACACCUUCAGAGUUUAGUACAUUUGAGAUACAACCACAAGUACAACAUUCUGUUGAGUCGCAACCCAAUGUUCACUACCUCGUUGAUUUCGACGAUGACCAUGUUGAUGGCGCCGAUCAGAUUGACAGCCGCGACAGAGAGGCCGAGAAGGACGCUAAACUUGCCACAUUACGGGAUAAAAUAAACGCUGUUCAGUUGGUGUUGCAGAAGUGCACAGGAAAGUUGGAGAACUUGAAAUCCUCUGGUGCCCCAAUUGACCUCCAGGGGGUCGAGGACCAGCAAAACAUUGUAAAGGAAUGUGAUUCUGAAUUAAAGGAUGGUGAACCAUUCUUGCAAGACGUCAUUUUGUACGGCAGAGAGCUCUCACAAGAUGACCUGUUUGAUAACAACGAGAAGGAGAACAUUACACGUAACAUGGCUCAAUUACAGGAACACUACGAUGAAAUGAGAAAUUUUGUCGACGACGAAGAAGAGGGUCUCAGCGAGCUGCGUGGUGAAUUAGAGAAACGAGAGAAGAUCCGAGACUGGGAGAGAAAACGAGAGGAAUUGAAUGAGAAGCUAUCCCAAUGUGAAGAUAAGUUACGCCUUCAAACUCAGGAUCAGAAAAGAGUCGAAUACACACCCAAUGAAGAACGUUUAGCUGCAGCAAAGAAUUUAUCGAAGGAAAUCGUCCAUCUUGAUUCCGAAGUAGCUAGAGUGACAGAAGAUGGAAAUAAACUCGUGCAAAGGGAAAACAUCGGGGGUGACGUGGAAGAAAAAUUGAACAACGACAUACAUGAUAUCGAAGAGAGAUACAACCAGCUUAAAAUCAACAGGAACGAUAACGUUAAAAGACUGGAGGACGCGAUUUCUCAGAGAGAGUCUGAAAAGAGGAAGGCGCUUGAUAAAUGGCAGGAGGUUACUGAUAGAAUAUCAGUAAUUAAUGUUGACGCCCGAACAAAAUUACGUCUCAUCAAGGAAAAGGAUCCCCACUCCGCCCCUGAAAUACAAGAACAGCUCGAAGCGCUACAGAAAUGUACAAACAACGUACUGUCUGCGUUUCCUGAGAUACAGUUUGGAUAUGAUUACGGCAACGAUCUCUUGGCCGGUAAUCAACUUGGUGACGAGGAGAAGGAUAAAGUAGAAAAAGAUAUGGACAACAUUGGAGAAGACUUCAAAGCUCUACAAAAAGACAUCAAUGACGAGCAAGACAGGUUGAAUGACUUGUUGUCAGAAAAGGCAGCCGAGAAUGCACGAGCUCAAGAAAAAUUGAAGAAAUGGCAAGAUGGUAAAGACAAGUUGAACUCCAAGUAUAAAAAGACCCGAGGCAAGUUCAACAAAAUCAAAGGUCAAGGAAUUCCCAAGGAAC